AUUGUUUUGUGUCUCAAGGUUAACAGAAGUGCCCUUCAUGUGUUCUGGGGACUAUGCAGUUUCCUUGCCUGUUUCCUUUUCCUAUUAUUUAAGUUUGGCAAAAGUUGAGGUAGAAUGUCGAACCUGAGCCAAUGGUCUUGCUAUUCUCUGGACUCCUUUUUAGAGCACUUCAUGUUUCACAGAAAGACUGCCCACGGUAGUUCCUGCUGCUUCCUGCCAAGCAAGCCGUCUUCCCCAGCUUACAUCUUUUAUAUGGAUUUUCAUAAAGACAUGAGAAUAAGCAGGUCUUCUCCCUAGAUAAGCCACUGACAGAACAAAGAAACAAAGAUUCCAUCCUGGUCCAGCUUGGUAAAACAGCCUGAUUUGGGGUUACAUAGCGAGGUUGGGUGACUGUGCUCAUGAGAAGUGUCACUGCAGAGUACCACCCUAGCAUGGAUGAUGGCUCUGAAGUUGUGUUCUUAGAAUCAUAUCUUCAACUACCCUUCCUCUUCCUAUAUGACUCCUCACCUCUCGUCAAAUACCAAGAGCCUUGGGUCUCAGAGGCAAUGGCAGCUGGACUAUCAGAUGCUCCAUUUCCGUGGAGGUAGCUAUCACAGUAUGCUUUUGUCUAUUUUCUUGUCAUCUGUGUGGGGUCAACGUAUCCUGUAGAUGAUCGUAGCAGUAUCAGUUCCGGGAUGGAUAUGUCAUGCUCAGCAUUGAGAAUGGAGCUUCACUGCUGGGCCAUCUUUGCUUUAGUGUGGCAUACACUACCAUUAGCAUAGGGUUCACUGUUUUUAUUGUUCUGUGGUUUACAAACAUACACUUGUCCCAUGUCUACCCAUACCCUGUAAAAACUCCCUGUGUUAGGCUGGGUAAGUGGCUCAGUUGUUAAAGGCUAUAUAUAGCACACUAUUAAAAUGACAAGAAAUGUUCUACCUUCAACCUACACAGUGUGCAGUAAGUAACUGUUCAGACUGGUUUCUUGCUGGUCUUUUUAUAGCUUGACAGCCUCCUUUCUUAUUUCAUGGAUGAUGACAUUGUAUGUUUGUACUACAGUUUGUUUCUAUACUCACUCUUGUGUUGAAGGGUACCUUGAUGGCUUCAAACGUUUGGCAACUGUGUUGGAGCUGGUAGGAACAUUCAAGUCAUCUGGGGAAAUCCUUGGCGCAUGGUCAUUAGAUCUUACGACUUGCCUGUGUGAAUUCUAUCCUGACAUAGUGACUGUGUUGUUUUCCAUUCCCACCAGUAAUGAGUGAGAUUUCUUGAUGCUUAUUUGCUUCAGCAUCUGGUGUGAGAGAUGCAGUACAUUAGAUUCCCUUCGAAUCUCUUAGUGAAGUAGCCGGGAGUAGAUGCUCUUUCAGCAUACAUAUUUUGACCAUUAAGUGAGAAACUGGCCAGGAAAGACUGAUAUGAAAUUAAGUUUUAGUCCUUACUUUAUAGUCAGGAAAUGUUCUCGUUCUCUGUCUCCAUUCUUGUCUUUCUCUCUCUGUCUCUGCUCUACCCCUUUCACCCACCCUACAAGUUCUCGUGUAGCCCAGGAUGGCCUCAACUUCCUUUUUAAAAUUUUCUUUUUGAAAUGUUUAUUUGACAUGGGUGGCUGUUUUGCCUGCCCAUCUGUGUGAGGCUAUCAGAUCUUCUGGAAUGUGUGCUGGGAAUUGGAUCUGGGUCAUCUGGAAGAGCAGCCAGUGCUCUUAACUGUAGAGCCAUCUCUCUAGCCUGGCCUCAGACUUUCUAGAUCCUCGUGGCUUGCCUUGAACUCUUGAUGCUCCUGAGUCUCCCCGCUGAUGCUACUGGAAUAUCACUCUGACUCUAUGUGGCUCCCAGUCCUUGUGAGCUCUAAGGGCAUGAAUUCAAGCACCACACAGUGCAGUGUAGAAGAGACUGGGUUUACUACAGAGAAAAGUAGGGCACUCUCCAGGGAUGAGUGUGGUCGGUAGCUGAAGUGAUCACUAUGCCAACCUCCAUUCUUAGAUAGGCUUUAUCUAGUUCUCAACCGUUUCUAGAGCAGAUGCCUUUUCUGAGGGGGGAUUUCCCCUUCAGAUGAUUGAUAGGCCCACUUAAGGGUCUAGGCAAUCCCGCGCCCCUUCUUUACAAGAACAUUCCCUAACUAGAUAGAAGUCAGUAAGGUCUGGGUGGCUGUUUAGAAUGCUGGGUUUCCACUUGAAUCCAGAGAUAGGAUCACAUUCCUUCGACCAGUUAAGUCCUCCAACUGCAGUUCCUGUUUGUCAAGAUUGUGAGAUAGGGGUCUCUCCUCACUAACCUUCAGACCUGCCAGUGUAUACAUAUUUACUUAAACCAGGAUGUUGAGCUUCUGAAGCAGGAUGCUCUAUCUAGACGGAAUCUCACAAAGCUGUCCCUUAUCUUCAGUCACAUGCUGGCAGAAAUCAAGGCGAUCUUUCCCAAUGGCCAGUUCCAGGGAGAUAACUUCCGGAUCACCAAAGCAGAUGCUGCUGAGUUCUGGAGGAAGUUUUUUGGAGACAAAACUAUUGUACCAUGGAAAGUCUUCAGACAGUGCCUGCAUGAGGUCCAUCAGAUCAGCUCUGGCCUGGAAGCAAUGGCUCUGAAGUCAACCAUUGAUUUAACUUGCAAUGAUUACAUCUCAGUGUUUGAAUUUGAUAUUUUUACCAGGCUAUUUCAGCCCUGGGGCUCUAUUUUACGGAAUUGGAACUUCUUGGCUGUGACUCACCCGGGAUACAUGGCAUUUCUCACGUAUGAUGAAGUUAAAGCUCGGCUACAGAAAUACAGCACCAAGCCUGGAAGUUACAUUUUCCGGUUAAGCUGCACUCGGCUGGGACAAUGGGCCAUUGGCUAUGUGACUGGGGACGGCAAUAUCCUACAGACCAUACCUCAUAACAAGCCCCUGUUCCAAGCCCUGAUUGAUGGUAGCAGGGAAGGCUUUUAUCUUUAUCCUGAUGGGCGGAGCUAUAACCCUGAUUUAACCGGAUUAUGUGAACCUACACCUCACGAUCAUAUAAAAGUUACACAGGAGCAGUAUGAACUGUAUUGUGAAAUGGGCUCCACUUUUCAGCUCUGCAAGAUCUGUGCAGAGAAUGACAAAGAUGUCAAGAUUGAGCCUUGCGGGCAUCUGAUGUGCACUUCGUGCCUUACCGCGUGGCAGGAGUCUGAUGGCCAAGGCUGCCCCUUCUGUCGCUGUGAGAUAAAAGGAACGGAGCCCAUCAUUGUGGACCCCUUCGACCCCAGAGAUGAAGGCUCCAGGUGCUGCAGCAUCAUUGACCCUUUCAGCAUCCCCAUGCUUGACUUGGACGAUGACGAUGAUCGAGAGGAGUCUUUGAUGAUGAACAGGCUGGCGAGUGUUCGAAAGUGCACGGACAGGCAGAACUCACCAGUCACAUCGCCAGGCUCCUCACCCCUUGCCCAGAGAAGAAAGCCUCAGCCAGACCCUCUCCAGAUCCCCCACCUCAGCCUGCCACCAGUGCCUCCCCGCCUAGAUCUCAUUCAGAAAGGCAUCGUGCGCUCUCCGUGUGGCAGCCCCACAGGCUCGCCAAAGUCUUCUCCAUGCAUGGUUAGAAAACAAGACAAACCACUCCCGGCACCCCCUCCUCCCUUGAGAGAUCCACCUCCUCCACCAGAGAGGCCUCCCCCCAUCCCACCUGACAAUAGACUGAGCAGACACUUCCACCAUGGAGAGAGUGUGCCUUCCCGGGACCAGCCCAUGCCCCUCGAAGCCUGGUGCCCUCGGGAUGCCUUCGGGACUAACCAGGUGAUGGGAUGUCGCAUCCUCGGGGAUGGCUCUCCAAAGCCUGGCGUCACCGCAAACUCCAGCUUAAAUGGGAGGCACAGUAGAAUGGGCUCCGAGCAGGUUCUUAUGAGGAAACACAGACGCCAUGAUUUGCCUUCAGAAGGAGCCAAGGUCUUUUCCAAUGGCCACCUUGCCACUGAAGAAUACGAUGUCCCUCCUCGGCUUUCCCCUCCGCCUCCAGUCACCACCCUUCUCCCAAGCAUAAAGUGUACUGGUCCAUUAGCAAAUUGUCUCUCAGAGAAAACUAGAGACACGGUAGAAGAUGAUGACGAUGAAUACAAGAUUCCUUCAUCCCAUCCUGUGUCCCUGAAUUCACAACCAUCUCAUUGCCAUAAUGUCAAAGCUCCUGUUCGGUCUUGUGAUAAUGGUCAUUGUAUAUUGAAUGGAACUCAUGGUGCGCCUUCAGAGAUGAAGAAAUCGAACAUCCCAGAUUUAGGCAUCUAUUUGAAGGGAGGUGGUUCUGACUCAGCCUCUGAUCCAGUACCGUUACCACCUGCCAGGCCUCCACCCCGGGACAGCCCAAAGCACGGCUCUUCAGUCAACAGGACGCCCUCUGACUAUGAUCUGCUCAUCCCUCCAUUAGGUGAGGACGCCUUUGAUGCUCUCCCUCCAUCCCUCCCUCCUCCCCCACCUCCUGCAAGACACAGUCUCAUCGAACAUUCAAAACCUCCAGGCUCCAGUAGCCGGCCUUCCUCAGGGCAGGACCUUUUCCUUCUUCCUUCAGAUCCCUUUUUUGACCCAACAAGUGGCCAAGUUCCAUUGCCUCCUGCCAGGAGAGCAGCAGGAGACAGCGGCAAAGCCAACAGAGCCUCGCAGGACUAUGACCAGCUCCCUUCAUCUUCCGAUGGUUCGCAAGCACCAGCUAGACCCCCCAAACCACGACCCCGAAGGACUGCACCAGAAAUUCAUCACAGAAAGCCCCAUGGGCCCGAAGCGGCGUUGGAAAAUGUCGAUGCAAAAAUUGCAAAACUCAUGGGAGAGGGGUAUGCCUUUGAAGAGGUGAAGAGAGCCUUAGAGAUUGCCCAGAAUAACGUGGAAGUGGCCAGGAGCAUACUUCGAGAAUUUGCCUUCCCCCCUCCUGUCUCCCCACGUCUGAAUCUAUAGCAGCCAGAACUGCAGACACCAAAGGGCAGUUAACAAAUAUUCCAGGAGUAUGAGACAGAAGGACUGAGAGGGAAUGCAGGAGCCACGGUGUCUUUCCGUGUGGCUUCCCCAGAAGGCAGCCUGGAGUCCAGCUUCUCUGGUUCCACAGCUCUCUUAGGAUGCCCACACUGAAGCUUCUGUGUUUGUGCUAGCCAUACUUUGAAAUCAGGGUUGAACUGAUAAAAUAAUUUAAAGACGUUUACUCCCCCUUGAACUUUGAAUCUGUGAAAUGCUUUUCCUUGUUUACACGUUGGCAGAAUUGCAGUUUGUCUCUGUUUUUGAUCCCUGUACUGUGUUCCUGACAGGCCCUUUGCAGAGUUGCUCAGGUCUGCUGUAAGUUUCUCCAUGCCUGCCCUGGUGCCCACAUCAGAGGCUAAACCAUCUCUUUGUUUUGCUCUCUAUCCGGGCCCCACCUCAUGUCCCCAGCCAGGUCCAAUUCCAUUUCUCCCAUUCACACGGCACGCUAGUCUGAAGGUCCUGAUUUUUCAGUGUUUCAAACUAAUGCAGAAAGAAAAAGGAAAAUGUGUGUGGUCUUGUCUUCACUACUGAGUCUUUUCUUUGGGAACCAUCACUGUUGAGAGGUGGGGGAAAACCUGAAUGUAAAAAGCAUUUAUUUGUCAAUAAACUGCCUUUUGUAAGGGGUUUUUAUAUACUAUAAAAGAGCUUCUCUUGUUAGUUUAAGUUCUGUGACCUUUAGGUUCCCGAACUCUCCCUCUCAUCCACCCAGGAGUGUCAUAAUGCUGUAAAAGUGACUGCUGCAGAUGCAGGGAAAACAGGCUUGCAGGAGACUGCUUGUACUCCAGUACCAUAAUGAGAUGCCCUGAUAUUAAUGCCUGCAUCACUUUCAGGAGAGAUGGAAAAGGGGACCACCGCCUGGAAAUAUGUUAAUAUGCCUUUAGAUAAGGUCAUGGACAUACAUGCCUUUCCCAAGUGGAAUAGAGCCCAUUUUCUAUUUUAUGAUGUCACCCUGGCUCCUCACAGUGUGGGAGCCCCCUAAGGCACUGACGACUGUUAUGUAUCACUGCAACUGCAGGCCUUGUAAGUUGCAAAACUCUUAGUACCCUUUCUCCACUCAUGGUAGGAGUCCUGUUUACUCUGUGGGUUUUGUUGUUGACUGCUCUGUGUUGCCCCCAUCCAGGCAGAUGAAACUGUGGUUACUUCUAAUCUAUGGAUAUCUUUUGACCAUCUGUAAUGUGCGUUGCACUCUUGUGGGCUUUGAAAGCACAAACUCUCACACAUGGACUCCAUCAUAUUAUUUGUGUAGAUGCGUUUGGUGGUAAAUGUCUCCAGUCUGAUGGAUGAAGCUUCCAAGAUUGGUGUAAGGACUUUAGACCUCUGUGGCAAUUUCAGGUUUUUGGGUUGGGUUGGGUUAGGUUGGGUUGGGGUUUUUGUUUCUUUGGUUUUUUGUUUUUGUUUUGUUUUGUAUCCCUAAUAGUGGGGGGAAAAGAAUAAAAACUAUCUCUGUGCAAGAAUGCUUGAACCACAUUUUGAUAGUUUCUAAACAUUGAUUUUAGGCUUGUGUGGAUGUUUCUUACCACUCGUUACUCCACACCUAGUCUCACAUACAGAGAUGCCUCGGAUAAUCACUUAUCCUGACAAAUGACAAGAUAGUAAGUACAUCAGACAGAUCCGAUGGAGCUGCCAUUGUACAAGACUCAUGGACAAAGCUGUGUUUGUCCAGGAAGGGAACCCAGCACAUUCUUUUACAGUUUGGCUUUUAUGGAAUGAGACAGGAUUUGAGGACUCUUAGUCUGCAUAUUUUAGGUUUGUUUGGAUGGUCUUAUGUUGCUUCUGCUACCAGAGGUGUAUUUUUUUUUUUAAUGUUUUCAUAUCCUAUACCUGGGAGGAGGUAUGAAUACAAGUUUUUUUUUAUACUUUCUACAAUUGGCUAUUUGUUGUUUUCUUAUCUGCUCUUACUUUCUGUACUUGUUUUAUAAGUUCUGAUGUCAUACUGAUACAGUGCUGUGUCUGUUGGGCUUCAUGUAGCUUGCCAGCAAUCAGCAUAGCCUAAUACCUAGAGUUGCCCCUUUGUUGUCCUUACACUGUUAAAACAUCCUUAAAGGAGGAGGGGGUAGGUUUACAAGAGGAACCCUGGGACCCACAGCAUAUUCACCUCCACUCUCAGAAAGUACAAGAGAUUUUCCUCCAGAAUUUAAAAGCUAAGGAUGUGCUGACACAGUUUUUUGGAACCUGAAGUUUCGGCAGGGUAGGGAAGUGUAAAUAAUUUUCUGGAUUGUACCAAGAUCCCUACUGCAGCCACUCAGUAGCCACUGUUGGUUUUCUCAUCAAGGAAAGUGAAUCUUAGGAGUCAUAUGUAAGACAAAGCAAAGAGAAAAUGGGAAAACUCACAAAAUUUAUUUGAAAAAAAAAUGUUGAAAUUAUUUUUCAUUUUGAAAGGGACUACUAGUUAAUAGUUGCUAACUAACACAAUGUUCCACACUUUGUUCCCUCUGAUCCAGAAAUUGAGGUGCCCCCCCAUGCUCAAGAUCUGAUAAUAGAAUUACCCUCAAUCCAAUAUCUUAUAUAGUCUGCACAAUUAAAACAAACCAUGGCUAAUUGUAACCCCUACCUGGGAUCCAUCUCCAAUGAUAUUCCAGUCAUUGUUUUUCUAGAAAUGGGGAGUUAUUUUUUUCCUUUUCCUUUUAUCCUCCCCACCCCCCACCCUGCACCUGACUUCUUGGUAUCUGAUAUAUAUCACAGCCAAAUUUUCUGGACACAAAUACUGGCAUUUUGAUGCUUAACUUAUCAUGGUCCCACAAUUCCAGUAGAUAGCCCUUUUCCACGUUCUCCCUCCCUACAGUACAACAGAGCCCUGGCUACAACCUUCAGAAGUCUGUUUGCUAACUCAGUAUUUCACACACCCAGGACACAUGCAGAGCUCUUCAUAAUGUGAACUUCCUAAUUGUUCAGUUCCAGAAGCAUUUCCUGCAGUUUGAACGUGACUUUGCCUCUCGGAUUUUCAACUUGAAGCCUUAGUUUGCACUGAAUUGUCUCAUCUGGUUUUAAAAUGUCUCAAAUGGACUGAUUUGGAAUCAAAAUGUGGUAUAUUUUAAAUAUUGAUGCAGGUACUUUCUGUAAGCCUGAAAUGUUGAGCUUCGAAGGAGACUUUCUGGAAAAAGACAGCAAUAGAAAGUUUUCUUCUCAGUUCCUAUUUUUAUUGUUUUGAAAUGCAGUUUUUACGACUUGUCUAAUGUGGCAAAAUAGCUAUGUGUUCAAUUAAUUUAUAUUUUAUUCUUUUUUCAUUUCUGGAUAUGUAACAAACCUCAAGUACUUUAUCUGUUCUUUUAAGGUAUUUUAUAAAAUGAAUGUUAACAAA